AUGUCGUGCAGCAAGACUCUACAGGAAACAUUCGAACUCGGUCCGUUCAUCGCUUCGAGGAUCUGGGUCGGACUCUGGCAGCUCUCCAGCAAUGCAUGGGGUAGUGCCCCAGCACCCAAAAUUCGACAAGGUAUGGCACGGCACGUUGAGCUGGGUUACAAUGCAUUUGCGGACCACUAUGGGAGCGCCGAGAUCCUCUUCGGACAGUACAGAGAAACCCUUUCCGAGCCAACGAGUGUCCUGGGCGCUACGAAAUGGUGUGUUUUUAGACCGACGGAACCCUCUCGUUCUGUUGUGGAGGCCGCGUUGCGGGAGCGCAUGAGUCGCAUGCGAACCACGUCAGUUGAUCUGCUUCAGUUCCACUGGCAAGACUAUUCAGACAAAGGUUAUCUUUCUGCACUGCAGAUCCUUCAAGAUCUGCAACACGAAGGUUUGAUAUCGACUGUGGGUCUAUGUAAUUUCGACGCCAUUCGGACGGACGAGAUUUGCACCCAGCUUGGGCCAGGAUUUAUCGUUUCUAAUCAAGUGCAAUUUUCUCUUAUCGACACCCGCCCCUUACAUGGCAUGGCAGACGUUUGUGAGAGGCAUAAUGUUAAAUUGUUGACAUAUGGCACACUAUGCGGCGGAUUCUUAUCGGAUAAAUGGCUCCAUAAACCGGAGCCAGACUUAUAUACCGGAGACUUGACACCAUCCCAGCGCAAGUACCUCGACGUCAUCUUAAAGGCAUGGGGCUCCUGGCCACUUUUCCAAUCGCUUUUGGCGGUGCUGCGCAAAAUCGGGGACCGUCAUCGCCGGAGCAUCGCCAACAUUGCCACACGAUGGGUUCUUGAUCAUCCCUUCGUCGGAGCUGUGAUCAUCGGUGCUAGAUUGGGUGUUUCGGAGCACCCUGAUGAGAACUUGCAAGUUUUUGGAUUCACGCUGUCGGAACAAGACAACAAAGAUAUCGAAACCGUGCUCGAGUUAUCCGAUGGACGUCGGAUGAUAUCCACAAUUGGUGAUUGUGGUGCCGAAUACCGAUAA